AUGACGAACUACUUCCAGAUCGCGGCGACGCCGACGGCGGAUACGGGCCCGGCCCUGAUGCUGCACUUUGACCAGCGCCGCUACCUCUUUGGAAACAUUGCGGAAGGAACACAGCGAGCGCUGAGCCAACGUAAAGUGAGCUUGGGCAAGCUGGAGGUCAUGUUUAUCUCGGGCGCGACCAUCCAGCAGAACACUGGUGGCAUGAUUGGCAUGAUGCUUACAGUCGCGGACGUUCUCGACGGCAGCAGGAGAGAGGUGCACGAGAGGAACCAGGCGAGAAAGGGUACGGGAAAGAAAUUGAUCGCGGCCAAGGGUCCCGAGCGGAUUGAGAUCCACGGUGCCCAGAACCUCGCAUACUCUGUCGCAACAGCGAGAGGGUUUGUGUUCAGAAAGGGACUUCCGAUUCGCGCCGUCGAACUGUACGAGGAUCCGAGAAUCGCCAACCCCGACGCCACCACUCCUGACUGGCAGGACGAGCUCAUUCAGGUCUGGAAGGUUCCCAUCGCCUCCGAUCAUGUCAACCAGUCCCGUAAGAGGAGCCACGAGGUCAUGACGGCGGAAGAUGAAGGCCUGUCUAACCCAGCCGGCGCUGUUUCCGCCAAGGAGCAGGCCGUCAUUGACCGGGAAGCGAUCAAGGGCGUUGUAGAGAGCAUGUUCAACUCCAGCUGGACCAUGGACAAGCUGUACGAGACGAAACUUUCGCAGGUCCAGCUUCCCGCCACCAUCUUUGUCAGAGAAGAAGGCAACAUCAAGAAGUACCAAGGCCCCAUGCCGGGCGGCGAAGAACCUGUGCCUGACCUCGACGUCCUGGUGCGGUACCCUUGGCCAGCGGCCACGGUUGAGAAGUUGCCCAGCGCCUCCAUCUCGAACACUGCCGUCACCUAUAUCGUCAAGAACAAGGGCCGAAGAGGCAAGUUCAACGCGGCUGCCGCGAAGGAGCUGGGCGUAAAGCCCACUGACAACAAGAAACUCACCGACGGAGUGUCUGUCCAGGGCAAGGAUGGUAUUACCGUCACGCCCGAGAUGGUCCUCGAGGCACCGAUUAAGCCUCAGGGUUUCACAGUCAUCGAUAUCGCAGACGCGUCCUACAUUGACUCGUUCCUCGGCAGACCAGAGUGGCAAAAUGCCAACUUGAUGGAUGGCGUGCACGUCUUCAACUGGAUCCUUGGGCCAACCGUCAUCGACGACCCGAGAAUCCAAAACUUCAUGAAGGAACGACCGGAGGUCAAGCACCUUAUCAUGUCUACCGAUACCAGUCCCAACAUGCUGGCAUUGGAUUCCUAUGCCAUCCUCCACGGCUACCUGAGGCAGAUCGACCCUGACCGCUUCCCGCAACUUGCCUUCAACAACACGGUCCGGGACCUUUCGCACAUUGGCCCCAACGUGGAGACUGCUCGUGUGGGCAUGAAGGCGAAGCUGUCACCUGCCUACGAGCUCGUCAAGGAUGAGAUUGUUCCCCCAAUCUAUACCAAGUUUAAGGGCAACGGAAUGGAAGAGGGAGUCAUCAAACUCGCCAAGGAAGCCGCAGACAAGAUCAAGGAGCCUGCCUUCCUCAAAGAUAUUGAGGAAGCAGAGAAGGACAUCCCGAAUCGCGACACGGAGAUCAUCCCUCUCGGCACCGGAUCUGCUGUGCCAUCAAAGUACCGCAACGUCUCGGCAACCCUGGUUCGGGUACCCCAGUACGGCAACUACCUCUUCGACUGCGGUGAGAACACCCUCGGCCAGCUCCAACGAACAUUCGGAGCCGAAGAAACGACCAAGAUCCUCCAAGAGACCCGCUGCAUCCUCAUCAGCCACAUGCAUGCCGACCACCACCUCGGAACCGCACGCUUCCUCCGCGCCUGGAACGAAGCCACCAUCCACCUCUCACCCCAACCUCAACUCGGUCUCAUUGGCCCCGCCGCCAUGCAGUACUUCCUAAUGGAGUACAGCCGCAUCGAGCCCAUCGCCUUCGGACGCGUCAAGCUCAUCAGAAAGGGCCACUUCUUCCCCCACGACGAGGGGCGCCUCCCCGCCGACUGCCCGACGCGCCUCGCCUCCGCCCAGCUGGUCCCCGUAAACCACUGCAAGGACGCCUACGCCGGCGUGCUGACCUGGCCGUCGGGUCUCAAGAUCGCCUACUCGGGCGACUGCCGCCCCAGCGAGAGGCUCGUCGAAGCCGGCAAGGGCGCGACGCUGCUGAUCCACGAGAGCACCUUUGACAAUGACAAGAUGGGCGACGCGGUGGCCAAGAAGCACAGCACGCUGGGCGAGGCUUUGAAGGUGGCGAGCAACAUGGGCGCGCGCCGCGUGCUGCUUACGCACUUUUCGCAGCGGUAUGCCAAGCUGCCGCUCGUCGAGGAUCGCAAGACGGAUGAUGGAGCUGACCAGGCGGUGUUGAUGGCGUGGGAUCAGAUGAGGGUGAAGCUGGGCGAGUUCCGCCAGGCGCAGGCUUUCUUGCCUGCUAUCAGCCGCUAUGUGGAGUAUGAUGCCUUUAGGCAGGAUGGGGAUGAAUAG